CAUUAUGUAUCAUUAUACCGGUCCGCGCCGCGCGGUGUGCACUGCAGUUACUUGGAACCAGGCGCGCGUGUGUGCUUUUCUCUCCUCUUCUACGCCCUGGUCAUCGUCUUCUUCCUCCCUCACCUUCUUCGUCCAGCCGGUAUACGUCGUCCGCGUACACGUCGCGAGCGUUGCACGAUAUGUGCUCGUCGGCCAGGUAAUCGCGACACGGCGCGUGUAAAAAGCAUAUCGUCGCCGCGAGGAAGAAUCGUGCCGCGUAUAUACGAUUUGACGUGCAAUUAAAUCGGCGACGUGAGACGCGAGUGUUGUUGAUUCGGGGGAUACAUCCGGAGCCGCGACAUCUGACUUGUUGGAUUUUCGACGCUCCGCUCGUGCGCGGAACCGGGAUCGGAGGAGGGUCUCUCGUCUCCUCCGCGGAUGGUCGCGGACCACCACACUGGUGAAUUCGAGUGACGACCGUCUCGCCUCGGUCGACGGAUGGUGUACAGUUGGUAGCAAACGCGAGUGAGGAGGACCGAUAUGCCGACGGUCUGGUCACGCCGUUGCGGCGCGUCUCCGUUUAAAGGUCGAGCGACGACGAGCUGACGACGUAGUGGAGAGACGACCGGGACGCUAUACGAACAAACGCACACGGUGUCUCCGCGGCAGUGAAGUGGACAAGUGUGACAAGUGGUGAAGUCCGAACUGAUUGAAAAACAAGAGCGCCUUCAAAAGCGUGAGUCCUUUACGGAUACAGAAACACCGCCUUGAAGUUGCAGAGAUAGAGAGAGAGAGAGAGAGAGAGAGUGACGUCAGCGCAGUGAAGUUCGCCGCGGGAGAGAAGCGCGACGGAAAGAGAUCGCGAGAAUAGUGUGCCGGAGGAGAGUAAAUUCGGUGUGAGCCCGAGCAAACUGUGUGCCGACGACGGUCGUUCUCCAGAGAAGUUAACGAUGACGACUGCCGACGGCGACGCGUCGCGAUAGUCUACGUUCCCAACUCGCGGGCGAACGUGUGCUCGAACGUGAGAACGUGGGGGGACGCGUGAGGUCGCAAAAUUCGGGCCCCGUACGGCGGAGGGCACGCGAGGGCGUCGUCAGCGGCGGCGAGGACCCUGGGCUGUGGCGGCGGCAUCGACGUUGCGUCUAAGGUGGAGCGUCCGGGCAGCACGACGACGCUCAACUUCACGGACCUGGGGAGCCCAUUCGGGGCGGGCGACCCCUGUCCGUCGAGUACCCCGACCCCGAACAGCAUGUCGGGCGGCGGCGGUGGCGGCGGCGGACCGACCGGAGGCGGUGGCGGCGGCGGCGGCGGGGGUGGCGGCGGCGCCGGCACCGGGGGCGCCGGCUCCGACAUGGAGCAGCAUCUUCAUCACGCGGGCCUCGGCUCGGUGACGCCCGGACCGCCCGGCGGCAACGGCGGCGACAGCACGACCUCGAGCACGCCGGUCUCCCAGAGCGGCAAGUCCGCCUUCAUCGAGCUCCAGCACAACAACCUCUAUAACCCGGCGAGCCUACGUACCGGCUACCCGGGCGGCCACAACGUGCCGGGCGCGCAUCAAUUCUCGCAUCAGGUCGGCUCCCUCGCGGCCCACCAGGGCUCCGGCCCCGGCAGCGGGAACCAGCAGCACGCGGACGCCGGCUUUCCCAGUCCCAGAUCGCUCGCCGGAUAUCCGUUCGCGCCCAUGCACCAGCACAACGCCUACGGAUACCACAUCGGGACGUACCCCCAGUGCCCCUCGCCGCCCAAGGACGGUGAGUACCCCAACUGGUGGUGCAUGUUCGCAGACCUCUCGCCAUUGGGUGAUAAAGGCGGAAGCCUCGUCGACGAGCUCGGCGGCGGCGGUGGCGGUUCCCUCAGGAACGGCAAGGGAAAGAAGAUGAGAAAACCGAGGACGAUUUACAGCAGCCUGCAAUUGCAGCAGCUCAACAGGCGGUUUCAGAGAACGCAGUACCUUGCGCUACCGGAAAGAGCGGAGCUCGCGGCCAGCCUCGGACUCACGCAAACGCAGGUGAAAAUCUGGUUCCAAAACAGAAGGAGUAAGUACAAGAAAAUGAUGAAGGCGGCGCAACAGGGCGGAGGUGGCGGUGGUGGCCAGCACGGCAGUCUUCUGGCGGGUGGAACCGCUCUACCCGGAGGACCAUCCCCUCAACCUGGUCAACCAGGAAGUCUCAUGCAAGGAGGGGGCGGAAGUUCUGUGUCGGGCAGCCCGACGACGGGUUACCUUGGCGGCAUGGGCGGCGGAGGCGGCGGUCACACCCCCGGGAGCUCGAGUCCCGGAAGCGAGAUGUCGCCUCAGCACAACGAGAGCCCGCCGGCGCCCGCCUGGCCGGGUGAGAUGAAGCACCAUCCGCAUCCACACGCGCCGCCCCAUUCCCAUCAUCACCCGCACACGGCCGGGCAUCAUCCACCGCCACCGCCACCCCCGCCGCAUCACGCGGGCUACAUGCCGCAGUACUCCUGGUACCAGGCGGACCCCAACCCCGGACUACUCACAGUAUGGCCAGCGGUUUAACGAAGAUGUCCCUUGAACUGACAAUGAGUUCAUGGUGCGAGCCACCCCCUCGUGGCGCCGCAAACGUACCCCAGCGGUCCCGCCCCAAAGUGUGAAUAUGUGUAGCGCCUCUCGCGAGGAAAAAUUAAAUGUUAAUAUUGUUUUUAACUGUAUAAUGAAACCCGCAUGCCGGUAUCCGUGCGGGCCGUCCGUCGAAGUGAGAGCGGUUACGAACAGUGCGACGUCGUGUGUGAUACACGCCCCCUUAGCAAAAUAUUAAUAGUAAUAUUAUUGAGAUGAGAGAAAUGCAAUCACAGGAAUAUCAAUCGGCGACAAUACGGACGUGUCUCCAAGCUGACGAGAAGAGAAUCGACGCCCGAGCCAGUGGUGUCAACAGCGUUGCGGAAAAUCGACGGUCAUGAACGAUCCGUGCAUCGAGUGGUGACUCCUGACUGAUUAGUGACGUUGUUUCGGUGCGCGUCGUUUCGUUGUGCUGCGAGACGCCUUUCCUCCUCGAGUUGGAAUCGACGUUAAGUUGGAGGACGACAGGAGCGACAUCGUCGUACGGUGAAGUAAGAAGGUUGCUCUACGUUAUAAAAGAAAAAAAAAAGAAAUAAUAAUGAUGUAACAACUAUUUACGUGAAAUCGCCGAAAAUCGAUCCGCGACCGUUCGUGAUGCGAGUUCUCUGAGAGGACAAUGUCGUUUGUCGAUGAUCUUGAAGUUCGAUUUAUGAGUUGGAGGGUAACUUGUAACGCUUCGCGUAUGAUUGAGUGAUUGUCACGAAUGUAACGCUUUUCGUGUUUGGCAAGUAAUCGUUUGUAGCAAAAGAAAAAUAUAAGUCGCGAGGAAUCUCUUUCCCGGGAAAUAAAACGGCUUCUCUAUAUGUCUGUUCGUGUCGACCGUUGUGAUUGCGUGCAUCGAAUCUAAUUUGAUUACUACGCGGUUAAUUGUAAGCAGAGAUUGCCUCCAAGUAAUUGUUUUCAUUGUGGAAAUGUUGUUGUCCGCCAUUUGUCAAGCGUGGAAUUGCAUACUGAAUUUAAUCACUACGGUUAGUCAAAUAAAUAAAUUGCGCGAGUAAUACAGUAAUUUCCUAAAAUAUUGAAUUGACGUUACCAUCAAUCACUAUAAUUAGCUAUUAAUUGAUUUCUAUAUACCAGAAGCCUCAAAUUUAUGAUUCAUUAUAUUUUCUCUUUAUUAUUUAUUUUAGUUUAUUUGGACACUUUUUCUCUUGAUUUAACAUUAAAAUAUAUUAUAAUUUAAUUUAUAUUUUUUUAUAUUUGUGCGAAGGUGUUAGGUAUUGAAUUUGAGGUUUUUGGUCGUAGUAUUGCCACUAUUAUUCCCACACAAACAUUUAUUCUCAGAAUGAAUAUGUAAAAUCUAGCAGUCACGAUUCCCGCUCAAAUAAUUUCAGUUUAAUUAUGGGCUUAUCGUCGAUGUUGAUUAAUAAACAAUUUAUCAGCAUGACGAACAAAACUUAUUUUUGAAAUUUAUUUUUAAAGCAUGAACUCGCAUAAUUACCGUUACAUCUGAAGUUAACGAAUGCCGACACCAAGACCAACGUGAUAGUAUAAUAGUGGCGAUAAUGAUAUUAUGGCAAUUGGAAAAAUGAAAAGGAACGCGGAUCAGGUUUGAGCUCCCUGGCCUACAUCCGACGCGCUUGUCUUUGAUAAUUAUAUUCAGGACAAACGUAACGAACUCCGGCGAACAACGAGACCAGGUCGCGUGAUUCUUGUCAAUGCGACUCGAUCGAUCCGAUAUUUUCGUCACCUUUCUGAAUCAACCCGAUCUGGCACAAUCGUGCAUCUCUAAAAACCAAUUUCUAUCUCCUCGGCAAAUGUCAAUUGCCGAUGACGUUAGGCCGGUCGAUCCUUUGUGACAGUUGCCCAACAACCGCGAGCGCAGCUGACCUACUUUCGUGCUGGAUCUCGUGCGAUAGCUGAACGAGACGAACGACGGGGUUGACGAGGUCUCUCCGGGUAGAUAGACAAGGGAAGCGAGAGAAGCGGGGGAAGGGGAGGGUGACGAGAGACAACGUUGCAUAAACUCGUUGAGCAGUCGUUCCUCAAGGCGGUUGGAAGUAAUGAAAUCCUAAUGACAUUUUCGUGAGUCAAACGAUCUCGGCAAUCACGGUGGCUCGCUGUAAUCACCGGUCCCUCCUUCCCGGAUGAGGCAACUGGCCGGAGGCCUCCUUCGAAGAGGAGAAUAAUCGCGAGAGACGAACGAAUAGCUAGAGAAGCGAGCUGGAAAAAAGUCAUUAUCUCCGUUGGCGACGCGCGGAAUAUCACCGAUGUCUAAGAACUUUGAAAAGCGUUGAAAAGAUUUUAAUGUCGACAUUGAUUGGCUACCCUGAUUUCUAGUAUUUUACGGUACUUCUGUAGCCUACAAUUCGCUCGGUUGCGAUACUUUACAUAAUGAACUAAUGAUUGAGAAUUUUUAUUUUAAAAAUAAUUCCAAAAAUAUUUAUACUUAUUUUUAAAUUUGUUUGGAAAGAAACGUCAUUUCGUUAAAUACGAAUUUUACGAGAAGAGAUUCAAAAUAUUAAGUUAAUAAAUCGGAAAGAAACUUCAGUAAAUUAAAUUAAUAGUAGGUCAAAUAACGAUUUUUGUUGCCUCCGAAAAAAUAAAUUCCUCUCGCGAUUUGUUCGAACUGUCAAGGCUUUUUUUAAGUAGCAUCUCCUAUUCUUUUCCGUCACAACCAAGUGCUGUGCUCGAACUCUAUCAGAAAAACAGAACGCGAGCUCUUCAUGCUAUAAGCUAUAAGCCGCUCGUGUAGCAGGUAAACGAUGUGACGGGCUGUUUUACGCUGUUUCUUCUUUGCUGUCCUCCGUCGGCCAUGUUAGGUCACCCUUGCCAUCUUGCGCCGCACAAUAUCUAGCUUUCCAAGAGGCGACGCCAAACCGCAAAAACGACGGCUGUGGCUUGCAACCGCGGGAAACUGGGAGGAUCGGGCGGGCCCCACCGCUGACCCAGAUCCACGGUCUCGUCAGUGGCAACAAUGGUCGUCGUCUCAUGAGAACGCGUGGUGCCGCGCAGUUCCUGUCCUUCCUGAUUCUGUCUUUUUUUUCCUUCGCUCUGAUUGUUACCGUUCGGCACAUGUCGGUCGCGAUGCGCACCGAGACCGUCAGGCCUCGGUUCCGCAUAAUCCUUGGUUCCCAAGUCUGCGAGAAGUUAAAUAUGAUUUCUUAUUUAAACCCAUGCAUGCAAUUUGAAAUUCUUGACUUCUAUAGACGCCUUUCGUGGUACAGUCGAGUACCUCCGACAAAAUCACAUUGAUCGAAACCCGAUAUGGAGUCCUAAUAAUUGUAAUUAACUGAAUCUUCACGCGGUCCAUUCGUAUUCGUCGAAUCGACACAAAUCCCUCGAGGACGAGACGGCACGCAAAUUCUCCUAACAUUUUUAUGUAAAAAUGUAAUUAGCUCGUCUCAGUCGUGAAUCAGAAAAACUCGAUUAAUAGCUCGCGAUUAUCGGAGCCGUACAGUUUCCAAAUCGCUAAUUGAUAGAAUCGGCGAUCGAGUACGCGGUAUCUCACAUGGCAAUGCACCCGGAUAAAUCCCCCCACCAUCCCUCUCGCUCCCCUGAUCUCCCCGAUUCCCUGGGAAUCGACGACGAGGGCGUCGGCGCCGCGCAAGUCGACGCGGCGCGGAAACUCGAGGCGGAUUAGGCUGCCGGGUUCGCCCCAUGGUGCACAAAGAGAACAGUACAAAACUAGUUUUAUGCCCUUCCGCUCGUGUCGACCGCGCUUGCUGUUGAACGCUGGUACGCGAUUACGUCGCGUGUGCUUGCGUAAAGGCCUCGCGGCGGAAAAAGGGAAGGCGGGCUGGAAGGUAGGCUACGGUCCGGGGGAUCGAUGUCGCUGCGCCGGGGCGACGCGGAAUUCCUACGUCGUGACGCUCAACGUCGUCGCCGGGUGCACGCGAGGAAGGAUGCACCGACGACGACGACGACGACGGCGGCGGCAACGACACGAUUCUCUCCCGUAUAUAAUAAUAAGUGCCGUUAGAUUUAACCGCAAGCGGAGAACUAGGAAGCACGAGACGGCCUUCUCGGACGGAUUCUUGCGUUUUGAUUCGGUGCAAUAAGAAGGUAUAUGCGUGUAUAAUUUAAGACAAAGCUCCCCUCAGUUCCUAAAUUGCGUGUAAAGCCGGAAAUAACGAAAAACAGCGUAAAACAAUUGAGCGUGGUCGAAGUGACAAGGUGCGAUCAUCGUUGUCGAGAACGGCGCAGAAUUUCCUGGAAAGUUGCAGUUGUCAGAGAAAAAGGAAAAAAUUUGCUUUCUACAAGCAAAAAUCUGUUCUUAUAAGUCUAUGUAAAUCUAACAGUUGUAGUAGAAGAAACUUAAAAAAAAAAAAAAAAUUGUAACGUUGAUUGCAAUGAAAGAUAAUUUGUAUCUUUCCGUAAAUUUGUAAUCCGUUUACGAAUAUACAGCUUCCAGGAAAUAAUGCGUGAAACAUUAAUCUCUGCGACGUAAAAGGCAGUCGAUCCGAUAAGGCUUCGAUGAGUAGCGUGCAAAAUCAGCCGUGCGGCUUACCUUUGCCACGCUUUCAUCGAAUACGCGGAUUACGAUAGCACCGCGCGCGAAAAACGAGUGCGAACUUAAUGUGACAGAAAGUAUGCGCGAGAGAGAGAGAGAGAGAGAGAGAGAGAGAGAGAGAGAAUGAUAAACAGCAUAAAGAGUCCAUAGAAUUUACUAGCGUUACUAGUCCCGGUGCAAGCCAUCGGAGAUCGAUCAGACUCGGCGAGGCUGGGAGAUCGAACACCGUGCAUCUGUAAAUAUUGCACCGGGGCCCUCUAGCAUGUAAGCCGUAAGUGAAUCUGUGUAAAAUACGAUAUUGUGAUAAGAAUGUAAAGAAAUGCGAAAAAAAAACGAGAGAACAGAUGUAAACAAGAGAGGCCUAGAAAAUCGUCUAUAUACAUAUAGGAUAUACACGGCAGACCCCCAAUUUAUCGAUUUUACCGAGUACCCUUGUACGGAUAUAGAAUAUUACGAGAAACUAAAACACCUUAAUUAUGAUUAUUAUUGUAUAAAAUAUGAAUAAUAACUAAUUAAUUCAAUUUAAAACAUCGUCUCGUAACAUUCCAUAUAUGUAUGUUCCUGUCCCAACGCAAUCCCGUCAUUUUAUGUAAGAAAAAUAUAUGAAACAACAUAUUUAUACCAUAA